AUGCGUGAAGAAUAUUGGCCAGUCCAUGGAAGGCGACUGGUACGCAGCGUCAUUCGCAACUGUGUUCAGUGUACCCGAGCGAAUCCCGUCCCGGUCCGUCAGCAGAUCGGCCAACUUCCAACUGCCCGAGUCACCCCGAGCAGACCCUUCGCCGUGACAGGGGUGGACUACGCUGGACCCGUCUAUCUGAAAGCCAUCCAUAAACGAGCGUCACCCACGAAGGCAUAUAUCUGUGUCUUCAUCUGCUUCACCACGAAGGCAGUUCAUUUAGAACUGGUGAGUGAUCUGUCGACACCCGCCUUCCUCACCGCUCUUCGCCGUUUUGUUGCACGCCGAGGCCGUCCUUCCCACAUACACUCGGAUAACGGCAAAAACUUUAUCGGAGCGAAGAAUGAACUGCACCUGCUGUAUCGCAUGCUGGCUGACGAAAAGGAAGUCGAGAAGAUACAGAGAUUCUGCGCCGAAGACUAA